AUGUACUAAUACUAUAUUUCCUGUUAUUAAUUUUUGUUUUAAGUUCUUGGAAAAAGUAGCUGGCGAAAGAAGUCAAGGUAACACUAACAGCGUGCAAAGCGAUAUAAAAAAAUAUGAAUAUGUAGCUUUUACAUCGCUUUGAGUCAACUUACCGCUGUUAAACAGGUUAAAAUAAAGAAUAAUGUAAUGGUCUACAUCAUGCCAGGGAAAUAGAUGUGAUCCGUGGCUGCCAUGGAUCAUCCACGGAAUAGAUUAGCACCUCUUAGAAACGACUCAAAAUUACGGAGAGAAACAUUUCAAAAUGGAUGGCCUCCUGAUAAAAAUUUCUUGUCUAUUGAUGAACUUGUGAACCAAGGAUUUUAUUUUCUUGGUCCGGGUAAUGGUGAUCGUGUUCAAUGUGUAUAUUGUGCUGGAAUAUUGAGCAACUGGGAACCAAAUGAUAACAUUUUAACAGAACAUAAGAGAAACUUUCCUCAGUGUCCGAUGAUGAAAUCUCCAUACAAAAUGGCAGCUUAUAGAGACUUAUCUACAAGAAAAGCAAGUUUUACUGGGUGGCCACCACAAAUGAGACAAAAGCCUGAUGAUUUAGCAGAAGCAGGGUUGUUUUACUUAGGUCAAGGGGACAAGGCAAAAUGUUUUUGGUGUGGAGGUAUGCUGUCUGAAUGGGAAGCAAAUGACAUUCCAAUUGUAGAGCAUGCUAAAAGUUUUCCACAGUGUCAGUGGCUAGCGGCAUCAAAAGGAAAAGAAUUUGUAGAAAGAAUUCAACAGCAUGUCCAGCAAGGAAUUCCUGUGCAAAAUGUUUCAAUGGACCAAACAGUAGCAUCAGCAUCAUCUUUAGCUCAUGCAGCUAGUCCUGUAUCAUCAGCGCAACUAGAAGCAGUACUAAUGGGAUUUGAUCAACUUUCAGUCAGUGAGGCCAUGAAAACGUUAGGGAAUCCAGCAGAAAUAAAUUUGGAGUCACUUGUUCAAGCAAUAUUAGAAGUACAGUCUUCGCAGGCUAGUGGAAAUACAGACAUUGUCAACAACUUAGAUGUUGGUGCACUCACUCUUCAGAAUAGAGAAAUGAGAGACAAGACAAUCUGCAAAAUAUGUGGCCAGCGUCAAGUAAAUCUAGUUUUCUUGCCAUGUGGACAUCUUGUCUGUUGCAUAGAAUGUGGUGCAGAAAUAAUGCAUUGUCUUAUUUGUAAUGUUCAAGUUUUUAAAAAAGUUUCCGUCUAUAUGUAACAACCUGCAUUUAUAUUUUUAUGGACGAAAUGCUUGAUAUUUAAUAUCGUAUAGAACUAUAUUUUACUUGAAGUAAGAAUUGUUUUAAUCGAUUAAUUUACUUCCUUGAACAAUUACAACAUCUUCUUUUAGACCAGGGUAAUCUCGAUAUAUCACUGUGCACAGUUACAAAGUUUUACUUUCAAUUUAAACGAAAAAAAUAUUCAACAUUUUAACUCUUUCAAGUCUUUGAAAAUAUUAUUUUCGAUUCAAGUCAGUGUCUUACUGUUUUGAAAACACAUAAUUGUACAGUUUGCUUUAUUUCUCAAUAGAAUACUGUAAAUUCAGAAAUUAUUACGAGGAUUUUAUUAAUGCGAAAAAUGCGACUGGGUUGGUAAUAAUAAGAACUCGCAUUUUCAUAACUGAAACAUAGAUCUGUAUACAGUUUUUUUCGAAAUCGCAAAAAAUAAACUCGCAUUUUUGCCAUUCUUGAAAAAUCGCAAUAAUAAAUGCACGCAAUAAUUUCUGAAUUUACAGUAGCCUGACUACCUCAAAAAUGACUUAACAUAUUAAUAUAGAUAAAUAAUUAUAUGAGUAGGUAUUAAUAUUUCUAGGUCACUCAAUAGUAAAUUGAGGUGAUAGGGGUGGCGAGAUUUCCUUGAAGCAGAUCACUUCAAAAUGAAGACCUGGCUUUGUCAUUGAUAAGCCCACAGAAUGCAAAAUUUUCAGUGUCGCCAAUUUCGUGCAAAAUCUAAAGAAAAUUCUCUGUCCAAGUACAAAUCAACUUCUACAGUUGGCCUCAGUUGAUAUCUGUACCUGUAAUUGAUUGCUCACUUACACACAUUGCAUUGAUGAUUAAUAUUGUGACUUCAAUAAUGACUUAUAAUGAAAUUCUUCUGCACUGAAUAUUAAACAUUAACAAGAAGAUAAAACCUGCCAGUUCUUCAACGUUUCUAUAGGUUUUUUUAAAUUUUCAAAUAGUUUAGCAUCAAGCAUAGUUGACGAAACAUAAAUAAAUGUUGUAAUGCGUGUAUGGUGCAGUUAAAUCGGUACCGAUAAUGUUAUUAAACAUUAUAGUUUCCUUUUAGCCACAUUAUGGGAACUCCUAUAUAAAUUCCGGUCUAUUAUAUCUGAAGAUGUGAUUUAUUUGUGUAUUGGAUAGAAAAUAUGAUAAUGAUAAAAUAUUCUUUAAACAACUAUACGAUAUCUAGUAAUUAAAUGCCACUCGAGGCCAUUCUUUUUAGAAAAUGCAAAUUUAAAUUCCAGCUGAGGUCAAGUAAGAACAGAUAUGCAUUAUUGUCAUUUAUUUCCAAAGAAGUACCAUUCGAUUACACACUGGUUGAACACAAAUUGUUUAUCUACAGUACUUCAGAAUAUGACUAAAUUUCAAUAUAUGCCAUAUAAUCAUUCUUUAUUUCCAUUGAUUCAAGACAUUGUAAACCUUUGAAUUGGUGACAUUGGCAUUGAAGUUUAAAAAGGAUAUAUUUAAUAAGACUUUUAUAUUUUGGCCUCGAGCAUCACUGAAGAGAAAUUAAUUGUCGAAAUAUGCAUCUGGUGCUGCAAAAUUGGUACAGUUAAUGUUUUUACUUGUUUUGAUUGUUUGUGUCAUGUACUUAUCCAGUGGAUUUCACAAUAGGAUAUCAAAAUUGAACUGUGUCUCUGAUCUAUUAUUGAAAUAAUGUAGUUCGAACGUACUUUGAUAAUUGAGUUUGUUAAUGAUUGACUUGAUAAUAGAAGGGCUUUGGUCGGGACAGCUAGUAUAACUAUUACAGAUUGAAGAUCUACACGUGUAACUAAACGGAAUUUGUUUAAUAUAAGUAAGUGUGAGUGAUAACUUGACAUAAUAGCAAGGCAACUACUGUUGCAUGUGUACCAAUCUGUAUAGUUUGCGCUAAUCUGUUAUAUAUAUGUAUUUUUGGAUUAACCUGAUACUUGUAGAACUUUCAUCGGUAUUAGCUGUGUAUAUUUUGCUCUAAUCAGUUACAUUAUAUAUAGCAUUCAAGUGAAAUACAUUUGAAGAUUUAACACUGCCUUCAAUUACAGAAUGAUAUUAAACAUUUAACUGGUAAAUUUUAAACUUAUAUAUUACCAUUCAACUGGACAUACUUAGUAUAUUUUUAAUUAUCCUAUUUUAGCAUUUAACUGGAGAUUUGUUUUACGUUUUCAUAUUUGUAAAUAUUCAUGAACUAUAUUAUUUUAUUUGCAUAGACUGCUAUUACAUAUAAAUUAUGUCUUGACUUGUGCGGAUAUUUUUAAAUAUUAAAUGUGUAUUAAAUGUC